UCUUUCCUGGGUGUUGAAGGGCCUUGAGUGUAGAUGUGUGUUUGUUGUUGAAUAAAAGAUGAAAAUGGACAUGGUCUAAUGACUUGUAUCGGCACACAACAACUUACAUGGCGGUCACGUCACGUCACGUCACGCUGCUGUCCUUCCUUCCUCUACGCCACGGAGCGUGUCCUAGCUCCUCGCCGCGCGUGUGCCCGCCAGUCUGCGGCAGUCAGGCUCGCCUUUUUCCGCAGUCAGCAGUCAGCCUGCCGCGGCUCCGCUCCGCCGUCAAUGUCGCUCUCAUCGGCGGCUGGUCGCCGUGGAGCCGCCUCGCGGUAACUGGCGUCCCCGCCGCAUCGUUACUCAUUCACGGCAGCGGAGUUGGGACGAGUCGACGACCCCCGCGGUGCGUGUUGGACCAACAGCGACACCUAAAUGUGCUGAACGCGGACACGUCGGCAGCGGGGGAGACACAUCAUCGAACACCGGGAACUACCGGCCACAUUGGUGACGUAGCACCGUACAACUACCAUUCAUGCUACACAACUCUACCAUGUCUGCAGAUUCAAUCAAUAAGGAGGCAAUAUCAAGCAGCGUUGGGAGUAACUCAAUGCAUGCCCUCCCGAGUUUUGCCCUUGGUGAUUCUUCCGUUGAUGUCCCCUGUGGACUUUGGACUGUCUUCCUCGAUCCUGGACCCUCGCCCGGACGCGGACCUUGUCACUCCUCUCCUGCCCUGGACCACCUGCCUGCCCCACGGACUGCCUCGUUCCUUCGCUCUCAACACUUGGUAACACACACUUCAGCUAACUACACACAUAACCUCACACACACACACACUCUUGGGUUUUGACACUCUCCAUUUCCUUAGCUAAGUUUAUUAGUUAGUAUUGUUUAUUAUUGACUAUAUAUAUAUAUAUAAUACAUUAUUGAACAUUACUGCCCCCUGGUGUCUGAGCCGUCAUCUCCCUCUGUUAAACCAUAACACUUUGGCCAUUAAAAGCCAGUCAUUACCAGGAGUUAUCUCACCUUCUGAGCAGCCUCUGAUGUACUAAUGGUUUCUAAUGUUGUAAAAAUGUGUGGAAUAAAUAUUA